AUGGCUACCUCAUCAAUACAAACAUCUUCUCCUUCUUCUCACGAUGAAAUGAACUUUGAUCAACUAUUCACCAUCUAUCAUAUCGACUGUCGGGCCAGUGUGGAGCAGGCACAAGAAAGAAUUCUCGAAUUUUUCGGUGUACCAUCGACCGAAAACAAUACAUAUUUUAUUCAGUCUAAAAUCAAAAAUUUCAUCGCCAAAAAAAAAGAUAAGUUCGACGAAUGGCGAAAACAUCGCAGUGCCGCUCAUCACAAGGAAAAGUUUUUGGCUCCGGCAAUUCUGAAAGGGGAAUUUCCCGAUAAGCCGAAACCACCGAAACGUCCUACUCAAAACUUUACCGAAGUGGGACCACGUCAAAAACGUCAAAAACUCAAUGACUUGAAUUCAGAACUCGAUGAUUUUGCUACUGAUAAUGGGGUUACAGUUAAUCAAGUCAUCGGUUAUUUGCUGCAUCAAAGAAAUUACAAUAUAAAUAAACAUCUCGCACAAAUCGGCGAUGAACUUUAUAAAAAGGGAGACGUGGAGGAAUUAACAAAGUUCAAUAUGAACGUUGAUGGAGCCCUGGCGCUGAAGACACACAUAAAUCUCAGUCGAAGUAAUCUGGACUUUAUUAAAACGUUUCAAAAAGACUUUGUACAAAUUCCAAACAGAAACAUCAUUCGAGAACAUUCACAAAAACUCGUUCCAGAAAUUACUGAAUGUCGAGAAAAGCGGGGAAUUAUGGUGGGAAAUUCGAAAGAAACAAUCGAGCUGACCAUUUCUCGAAUACUUGAACGGCUAACCCAAAUGAACAUUGUUUUACCAUCGAAACUAACUUAUAAAUAUAAAACCGGGCAUGAUGGGGCUGGAAGUCAGUCCGUUUAUCGCUCAUUGGACAACCCUAUGAAUGAUCCGAAUAUAUUCGCCAAAAUGUUUGUACCUCUUUCACUGACAAAUACACAAACCGACGAAGUUGUGUGGAAGAACGACACUCCCAAUAGUGCAUUCUAUACAAGUCUCUAUGGGUAA